AUGAUAACCUCAACGCUCGUUUACAUGCACACUAAGCAGAACACCCGUCGCAUACUACGAAAUUACCUGCCGGAAGAUCCGGCGGAGCUGCCUUGGCGGCCGGACCAUUAUCCCGGUUAUGUUGGAGGCGACGAGGAGGGUGGUUAUGAUUACAGUGGUGUGAGGGCCGCGACACUUGUGCCAUUACCAUUACCGCUGUCGUCGCCGGCGGUGUCUUUAUUUCCUGAUAUCUAUCUCGGAGAGGGAAACGGAAACAACAGAGAUGAUGAUGAUGGACACGACGGCGGCGUAUUGGUAGAGCGCCGAGCACGAGGUCCCUGGAGAAGGCCGCACGCACGCCCGGAAGAACCCGACGUCCGGGUGGCGGAGCAGCGCAACGGCGUCGACGGCCGCUUCCCCAACUGUAACACCGUCGCCUUGCGCGAGCUGCUGCGAAUCGCGGUCGAUACGGCCCUCGAGGGCAUGGGCCGGGUGCGGCCAAUUCCUGGAGGACGGCCACCAGCUGCACGGCAUAAUGCUGGCGGACGGCCAUCUCAAUGCCUUGACCGGGAUAGCCGCGGCUUCGUUCCUCUUUGCGUUCGUGCUCUCCUCGAGCUCCCAUCCGUCUCGACCGCAACCAAGACGUUCCGCUCCAUCUCUACCACCGCUACCACCCAUCUCAAUACCUUAACCGGGAUAGGCGCAUUUUCGUUCCUCUUCGCCUUGACGGCGGCGGAACCCCUCCUUAGAGACCCAAAGCGGAACCCCCUCCUAACUCAGGUGCCUGUCUGCUCUGCAUUUCCAACAGACCAAAAAUGGAACCCCCUCCUAGAGACAUGUUCAUCAGAAAAUAGAACACCAUACACCCUGUCACGAGGUGGAACUAAACAGUAUGGUAACAACUUCGUUGUUCCGCGAGGGACUCUAACCUAA